AUGUAUUGGUUUCUCAAAGGGCUGAGACGUGAUAUUAUGAUUCAAGUGGAUAUGUAUCCUUACAAUUCUACUUUGGAACUUGUCCAACUUGCUACCAAGAUUGAAUCGCAGGGAAAGGUAGGAGUAAAUGUGAGCUUUGGAAAGACGUCACCAAAUUUCAACAAGUUUGGGGGUAAUACAGGAUCAACAAAAUCUUGGCCCAAAGGAGAUGAUAAGCACACGACCAAGAAUAAGCCGCUUAAGGUGGUUAAGCGUGAUGAACCAAGGAGAGUCAGCAAGGAUGGUCAUUAUGCCAAUACAUGCCCUAAUGUGCGAACUGUUGUGCUUUGUGACAAUGGGGACUAUGUACUUUUGUCGGAUGCUGAGGGUGAAGAUUGGGAACAUGAGGUUGAGGCGAGUGAGGAUGAAGCAAUCCAAGAGAUGGAAGAGCACGUUGAAGAGGAUUCAUCCGGGGAGUCUCUAGUGGUUUUGCGAAUGCUUGGAGCAGUUCCCAAGGAGUCGGAAAAAUUUGUUGAUCGGGUUAAGGAGCAACGGGAGAAUUUGUUUCAUUGUCGGUGCAAGAUUGGUGGGAAGCGAGCGUCGAUAAUCAUUGAUAACGGAAGUUGCACCAAUGUCGUAAGUUGGUAUGUGGUAGACAAGCUUGGACUCCAAACUAUCAAGCAUCCAACUCCAUACCAUCUUCAAUGGAUGAACUCUAGUGGAGAUAUGAAGAUCACUAGGCAAGCCAAAGUUCAAAUUUCAAUCGGCCCAUACAAAGAGGAUGUCCUUUGUGAUGUUACUCCGAUGACCGCAUGCCAUGUGCUUCUUGGCCGACCAUGGCAAUCCGAUAAAGGAAUUAUCUAUGAUGGCAAGACUAACAAAGUUAGAUUUUAUGACAAGGGCUACAAGGUAAUGAUUCUUUCUUUGCCAUUGAAGGAGGUUCGAAAAGAUCAAGAAAGUUUGCGAAAGAAGAUGCAAGAGGCUGAAAGCCUUAAAAGAGCUAAAGGAAAAGAAGUAUCCACAGAGAAAAAGAGAGAGUCUACUGCUAAGGGUUCCAACAUCCUUCUUUCACUUACCGAUUUUCAGAGAGAAGUUGGUGACCUAGAUCAUCAAAAGGGGGAUAAUCUACUCACUAAUUUUCCCAUUCCCUUUGCGAGGAUGCUUGAAGAGAUGAAGGAUGCAUACCCGGAGGAACUACCACAAGGACUACCGCCCAUUCGCGGGAUAGAGCAUCAAAUUGACUUCGUACCUGGUGCUUCGAUCCCAAAUCGUCCUGCAUAUCGGUGCAACCCAGAUGAGAAUAAGGAGAUUCAAAAACAAGUCCAAGAACUUCUUGAGAAGGGAUGGGUUCGGGAGAGCUUAUCACCAUGUGCUGUUCCUGUUAUCAUUGUCCCCAAGAAGGAUGGAACUUGGAGGAUGUGUGUGGAUUGUAAAGCGGUGAAUGCGAUUACAAUUAAGUAUCGACACCCAAUCCCGCGCCUUGAUGACUUGCUUGAUGAGAUCAAUGGAGCGAGAAUCUUCUCCAAGAUUGACCUUCGGAGUGGAUACCACCAGAUUCGUAUGCAACCCGGCGAUGAGUAG